AUGACCGAUUGGGGCCCGGUGUUUGUGGCGGUGGUUCUAUUCGUGCUCCUCACUCCGGGCCUGCUUAUUCAGAUCCCGGCCCGCAGCCGCUCCGUGGCCUUCGGCAGCUUGGAGACCAGCGGGCUCUCCAUACUGCUCCACUCCAUUCUCUACUUCCUUCUCAUCUGCCCAAGGGGGUACCACCAAGAGGGUACCAUCGAGAGGGCCGCCUCGGCACUUAGGCCCAAGGGGGUACCAUCAAGAGGGUACCAUCGAGAGGGCCGCCUCGACACUUAG